CUGGUGGCGCACCUCCACGCGCACACAUUCGUAGAGUGGAGCCCAAACUCGGUCAGGACACAGGUCCGACUUUAGACAACUUUCUACCUUACAGGCACUUUUAGGGAUCCGCUUUCUGUGGGGGAUACAGUCUCUUUUAGUCGCCUUCUUGCACACAAUGGAGGAGUAAACCAUUCAUUUUUCUUCAAAUGGGAAUUAUUUGCGCGCGUGAAACUUUGGCUCACUUUUCUCCCCAGUGAUUGUCAGACGCCCGUUUCGCUCGAAACAUGCCGGAGCGAAUAAGCAUUUCGGACUUUCUGGUCCUGACAAACGAGGAUUUGUCUUCGCCGGGGACUUCAAGUUUCCUGUCCAAAAUGAGCGACUGUCGGAACACAGUUUCAACCGUGGACGAGUCUCUGGAGAUGGACUACACAACUCUACACAAGAUGAAGAAAAUGAUCAAAUCUAUACACACUUCUGGACUCUCCCACGUGGACAACAAGGAGCAGUAUGUCGAGGUGCUGGAGAACCUGGGGAAUAGCCACCUGACCCAGGACAACAACGAGGUCUCCACAGGGUUCCUCAACCUGGCUGUGUUUACCAGAGAGGUGACAGCCCUCUUCAAAAAUCUGGUGCAGAACCUCAACAACAUCAUGGCGUUUCCUUUGGAAAAUGUGCUGAAGUCAGAACUCCGGGACAGCCGACUAGAGCUUAAGAAACACAUGGAGAAGAGCUGGAAGGACUACGACAUCAAAAUAGGGAAGCUAGAGAAGGAGAGGAAGGAGAAGACCAGGCAGCUGGGUCUGAUCAAGACGGAGGGAUCAGACGGCAGCGAGGACAUGGAGAGAGAGAGAAGGACCUUUCAGCUGCAAAUGUGUGAGUAUCUUUUGAAGAUCCAGGAGCUCAAAGUGCGUCAGGGCCCUGAUCUUCUCCAGAGCCUCAUCAAAUAUUUCCAGGCCCAGCUCAGUUUCUUUCAGGAUGGGCUGAAGGCUGCAGAGAAUCUCGCUCCCUUUAUCGAGAAGCUCGCUGCUUCUGUUCACACGGUGCGCCUGGACCAGGACGAGGAGGUAAAACAACUCACUCAGUUGAGGGAUUCUCUCAGAUUACUUCUGCAAGUGGAGGGGAAAGAGGAGUAUCUGAACAGGAAGAACUCUGGCAAUGGCUACAGCAUCCACCAACCACAGGGCAACAAGAAGUAUGGGACAGAGAAAUCUGGCUUCCUGCUCAAGAAGAGUGAUGGCAGGAUCAGGAAGGUUUGGCAGAAGAGGAAGUGUGGAGUGAAAUUUGGCUGCCUGACAAUUUCUCACAGUACGAUCAAUCGACCGCCAGCCAAGCUGAACCUACUGACCUGUCAGGUGCGCCCGAACCCAGAGGACAGGAGGACCUUUGACCUGGUCACUCAUAAUAGGACGUACCGUUUCCAGGCAGAAGACGAGCAGGAAUGUACGAUUUGGGUGUCAGUGCUACAGAACAGUAAGGAGGAGGCCCUUAACACAGCGUUGGUAGGCGACCAGCUCCACCUCCAGGACAGCGGGCUCCAGGAACUCUCCCGAAGCAUCAUCGGCGAGCUCCGACACAUGCCUGGCAACGAGGCCUGCACCGACUGUGGAGCGCCAGAUCCAACAUGGCUGUCGACCAAUUUGGGCAUCCUGACCUGUAUAGAGUGCUCUGGCAUCCACAGAGAGCUGGGUGUCCACUACUCCAGGAUCCAGUCACUCACCCUGGACCUCCUGAGCACCUCUGAGCUUCUGUUGGCUGUCAGUAUUGGCAACACCAGAUUCAAUGACAUCAUGGAGGCGGGCCUUCCAGAUGACUCUGUCAAACCAUUGCCACAAAGUGACAUGAACGCCAGAAAGGAGUACAUUGUGGCGAAGUACGCCGAGCGUCGGUACGUCCUGCGCAGAGAAGAAACAGACCCCGGCCGGCUGUACGAUGCUGUGAGGAGUCACAACCUCACUUCUCUUCUACAGCUCUACGCUGAGGGCGCGGACAUUUCCAAACCGCUCACACUGAGCGAUGGACAGGGGAUCAAAGAGACUGCUCUUCAUCUCGCGGUGCGUCUGGAGGAAAGAAGCUCUCUGGCACUUGUGGAUUUCCUCUGCCAGAAUAGCAACUGUCUGGAGAAGAGAACAGCAGAAGGAAACACAGCUCUUCACUACAGCGUCCUGCAUCACAAGCCCGAGUCUCUCAAGUUACUGCUCAAAGCAAAGGCAGCCCUACAAACGGUGAACUCUGCAGGAGAAACAGCCCUUGAUAUUGCACGGAAGCUGCAGCAUGCACAGUGUGUCGAGCUGUUGGAGCUGGCCCAGAGUGGGAAGUUUAACUCUCAGAUCCAUGUGGAGUUCAUGUGGGAGACACAGUCUCAGGAGUUUUAUGACAGCGAGGAUGAGCUGGAUGAGAGGGUGAGCCCGUUACCCAAAAAUGGAGGCGGUGGUACUUCCUUUUCCCGCUGGAGUAUGGGUAAUGGUGCCAGUGGUAAUACUGGAAGCAGGCCUUGUCAGACAUAUGAGAACCUAGAGUUUCUAUAUGGUAAUCCUCCAGCCAACAGCGCCCCCUCGGGAACAUCAAUGCCUCCACCACUGCCAGCUAAAUCCAUCCAGAGAGGUUGCUCGGACCCCCAGAUAUCAGUUACAACAAAGGAAGCCCUACCACGACGUUGCUCUAACCCAGCCUCCCACUCCUCCAGUCCCCAGACACAGGCGAGACAUCAGACCCCUUCAUCCAACACAGAAGGCCAAGGGGCGAGACCACCUAGGUCUCCCAAAGGACCGGGAGCUCUGCUCAAGGCACAGAGGCUGACUUGGGAUGGCCAGCCUGGUGCUCAAGGCAGUGUCACGCCAACAUCCUCUCAGAGUCACAUAGGGCCCGUCAGUUCAGAGAAGACCACUUCAUAUCGUCGGGCCAGCAGUGGAGCAGGCAGCCAAGGGAAAUGUGGCGCGUUGUCUCCAAGUUGUGUGGGCAGCCAGGAGGAGCUGUACUGCAGCUUAGUGGGGAACAGUCCCGGCCUCGCCCCAGCUCCUGCUCCUGCUCCUGCUCCUGCUCCAGCUCCAGCUCCAGCUCCAGCUCCAGCACCACCACCCUCACCUGUAGUGUCUUGUGUCCCACGGCCCCGCAAGAACGCUAUGGUUUCUGGCAGCAGGCCACAUCAGAAGCGUGUCAGGGCUUUAGUGGACUGCAGAGCAGUCAGUAAAGAGCAGCUGGCCUUUUUCAAAGAUGAGGUCAUUGUGGUCACGGCCACUAAUGACCCCCACUGGUGGGCUGGUCACAUAGAGGGGGACCCAUCCAGGAGUGGGACAUUUCCUGUCAACUAUGUACACAAACUAACAGACUGAAGGGACAGGAAAUAUGAAAUCUACCGUAUGGCAACAUAACAGAGAAACCGAACCAGCACAGGAUGCUUCCUACUGGAAACGUAUCGUCAUCACACAGAGGACUCAUCUAUCGGAGAGAGGACAGUGGUUUCUCCUGGAUCCAUCUCAAACUAGAGGGUUUGAGCAUCCUGAGAACAUUUCCACAUGAGGAUAUACUAGCCACAAGAUACCUCAGGGUGAAUGACACUGCCUUAGGAAUUUAUAACUUUUUUUAACAUAUACUCAUUCUGGAAACCAGCAAGGGAACUGAAGGCUUUCAGAGCCCCAUAUAAACUCUCAUUCCAAGGACAAUUCCCCCCCCCCCCCUUCUUGGUUUUUAACUGCAGUUGUCUAAAAUCAUGAAUCACUAUUAAUAGGUGAGAAGGCAUUUGUGGUUGGUGUAGAAACUGCUCUAUUAUGUCCAUUUUAACUAUUAACCAUCUGCAAAAUAAUGUAGAAUUAAGUUGUCGAUACUGAUCCAGGAUUUGUAACUUGGGUCAAAACUUACCUGCCGGGCAAAACCCCUUUUAAGGCACUUUAAACUCAUUGAGAAGAAAUCUUCUGAAGAGUUGGCAGGGUGGGUAAUGUAAAUAGUUUGAGAGCUGCCUGUUAAAUCAUAGUAUAGUGAGACUUUGAGUUGAGGUUUGAACCUGCUCAGGGUCUGUUGCAGCCUGCCUUGGGACUCUUGGGACUCUAAAUGAGGCUUUGUGUCUGCCAGUCUGUCUCCAACCUAACGGCAGGCGCCUGGGCAGAGAUCUGAAACUUUAGCUCAGCCAUCUUGCCUCUGGGCACAGCUCACUGCCUGCGGGGGGGAUCCAGUUUCUCCUGACUCCAGGCAUCUAGUCUCAGGAGAACCUGGAAUAACGACGGUGUGUUUCAGAAAACAAAACAAAAGACUCUGCAGAAAUGGCACUUAAAAGAGAGCUUGUUAGCAACAGCACCCCACUGCAGUAAUUUGUUCACACACACACUGUGGACACAUGUGCGUCACAUAAGGUAUACAUGACACAAGCACACUUGCACUUACAUUACACACAGAGCAGCUUCCACGAUUUAGGAACCUUUUAAGGAAGAAUGGAGAGCUGGGGUAGAGGUUAAACUGCUCCACUUUUUUACAUUAGUGACAAAUGUAACGCAUUUCACAGCUAUUACACAUGAUUUGUUGUACAAACUUGUAUAUAAAUGUCCACUGAUGUACAGUAUAUAUCACCUGUUUUCUCAGCUGUUAUGCAUUAUAAAGGAUUUUAUUAUUAGUGUUUUUUAUUACAGUCUUAAUCCAUGUUGGUAAUUUGAUGUCCUCUGAUCUAAUGUCUUGUGUCUUCUGUUCUGUUUCAUUAGUUGUCUAAAUGGCUCUGAGAAAAAAGAAGGGAAUAGACACCUCCUCAGUAUUCAUAGAGGAUUCUGUUCAAACACUGACGGUGAUCAGUAGAAGCAGACAGGAAGCAGGUGUUCACUUCCUUUGAAUCAUUUGAGUGUGAAGGUACAGUGCGUAGCAUUUUAAGCGAUCUAUUGGCAGAAAUGGUUUUCUUUAGUUUACCACCUGAAAAUUAAAUUGUGUUUUUGUUACCUUAGAAUGAGCCCAGCCAUUAAUAUCUAUAUCUACAUACGGAGCAAGUUCUCUUUACGGACCCAGAUAGCAUGUUUCUACAGUAGCCCAGAAUGGACAAACCAAACACUGGCUCUAGAACGGGCCGUUUGCGUGCUCGGCACACUGGAGAAAUUGCAGCUGGUUGCGAUCUCCAACCUCAGCGCUAGAUGCCACCAGAUGCUACACACUAGACCUUCAAACAAACAAGUGUGUUUCCCUGUCACUCUUUCUGCCUCCAUUACCUUGUUAUAGUGUUGAUGUAUUAAGCAAACAAAUCAGGAGACGGGCAUGUUUUCAGAUAAAUGCAAAGCAGUGAAACUCAGUAGGAACUCUUGUCAAUUGUAAACAAUAGUGAAUUCAUUCAUAUUAGGCAGUCUAUUUGUAAAUACAAAUAACACAUGUUUAAUAAAGUGCCAUACAGUCUUAUUGUGUGGUGUUUUUCUGUAUCUGUUAUGAGUCAAAUGGACUAAUGUAUUGUAUCUGUCUUAAAGCCAGAGCACAACUACAGACAAAAGGUACUAAGUCUUUAAUCCUCAGCACAAGGACGCAUCGCUUAAAUUAAUAGUGAGUGAGAGCACGUGUAAAACCUACUUCCUAGUAAAAGCUUAUAAAUGUGCAUAAUCAUUGUGACGGGUCUUUAGUGGCCGUGAUAAUGUUAUGCACACUUAGCUGGAUUGUGCAAUAUGUUAUGGUGAAUGUUAUUCCACAUAUACUAGUCUUUGAUACUCAAAGUUCAAUAAUUCAAAAUCCAUAGACUCAAACUCAUUUAUGAACAUUUGGUUACAAAUGGACUUGCAUUUAUAAAGCACCUUUCUAGUCCUCUGACAAUUCAAAACACCACAUGUCAACAUUUACCCCAUAUACACAUUCACAUUCAUACUCUAGCAGUGUGGUACCUUGUACCUCUUCCAUCAAUCAGGAUCUAAUCUUCAUAUGCUCAUUCACAUACUCGUACACCAAUGGUGCCAUAAGACGACUUAAAAACUAUUUGAUUUUGAAACAAAACGUCAUUCUUAUUUUGAUGCUAUUGUCCAUUGAUAUUCUCUCCCAAAAAACUAUUACAUCCAAGUUCUGGCCUAUGGUAAAAUAGUAUAGUCAUCGUACCUUUGUGUAAUUCAACUACUCACUUGUGUGAGCAAGGCCUGUCCAAAAAAAAAAGAUGGCAUUACUCUCAGUGAAACAAGCCUGGACCCUUUGUAAAUACAUUUUCUCUUCUUGCUACCAUUGCUGGCCUCCUCGCAGCUGAUUUCCUCCCCUUCUACCCUUUAUGCCUUCCUAAAUCUAAAUCUCUCCCUCUACAUCUUUCUUGGCAGUCUUCUCUCGAGUUGUCUGUCCUUCCGGCCUCAUUUGUUCUCCAUCCGGAUGUUGCUUCUGUUCUGAUCCUCUGAACCAGAGCCAGGAUGAUGAAAUUCCAACCUGUCACUUACAUAACCGGUCACUUCACUAACAGCCAGGAUAAUAAUGCCACGGCUUAUUCUGCUCUGCCAGCCGAGUAGCCCAUAUACACACACACACACACACUCAAUUCUCCAUUAGGCCUGCCUGUGUGCACUAAUGCAUACGAGGACUAAAAUGUUACUUCUAAAACAUACUGUAGUAUAAAUGCAUUCAUUCACUAAUGCCCUCAUCCAUUUAAUGUAUAUUCAUGCACACAUACACUACACAAAUAUAAUUUAACGUAAUGUAUACAUGCUGUGGAAUAAUCAUAAUUUUGCCAUUUAUUUUCUACAAGCAGGUUAUAUUUAGGACCUCAUUGCCACUAUAUGGUAUUAUUU